CUCUACUGUGAGCAGCAAUUUAUGAGUUAGCCAGCACAGCGUUACGCGUAGUGCAACUGUAGUUUUCUUUCCUGUUUUUCCGUUUAUUUAAUAAAAUGGCUACACAUUUAAUCAAGAAUUGCCGGACAUCUGCUUUAUCACAUUUUCUGGGAUUAUCAAGUGGAGCCCAUGGAGUCCGAGCUUUGAGUACAUCAGUCGUUAGAGAUGUUAAUGUGACAACAAAGAGUAAGAAAACAUUGUCUAAGAAUGGACGUAAGAACAUUGUUCUCGUUGAAGGAGUCAGGACUCCAUUCCUCAUGUCAGGAACAGAUUACAAAGAUCUGAUGCCUCAUGACUUGGCAAGAGCAGCCAUGCAGGGGUUAAUCGACAAGACAAACCUCCCCAGAGAUGCUGUUGAUCAUAUCAUCUAUGGUAACGUCAUUCAAGAAGUAAAGACGAGUAAUAUUGCAAGAGAAGCUGCCCUAGGCGCUGGGUUCUCCAAUAAGAUUCCCUGCCACACCGUCACGCUGGCCUGUAUCUCAUCUAAUGUGGCUAUAACUAGCGGUAUGGGCAUGAUCAUGACAGAUCAGGGAGAUUCCUUCAUUGCAGGAGGGGUAGAGUUCAUGUCCGAUGUCCCCAUACGCCACAGCAGACAAAUGCGCAAAUUUAUGCUCACCCAGAACAGGGCCAAGACCACUGGAGCUAAGCUGUCACUUGCUGCUAAGCAUCUUAGCUUAAAAGCUUUGGCACCUGAGUUACCUGCAGUAGCAGAGUUUUCUACGAAUGAGACCAUGGGGCAUUCUGGGGAUAGACUUGCUGCGGCAUUCAACAUAUCUAGGAUAGAACAGGAUGAGUUCAGUAUGCGUUCACACAGCUUGGCGGACAAGGCAUCUAAAGCCGGUUACCUUGAUGAUAGAUUGACCUACCAGGUACCAGGGACAACUAAGAUAGUAGACAACGAUAACGGCAUCAGAGUGUCUUCAAUGGAGCAGAUGGCCAAGCUGAGACCAGCGUUUAUCAGACCUCAUGGUACAGUCACUGCGGCAAAUGCUUCAUUUCUGACUGAUGGAGCAUCUGCCUGUUUGGUGAUGACAGAAAACAAAGCUAAAGAGAUGGGUUACAAACCCAAGGCAUAUCUGAGAGACUUUGUGUAUGUAGCACAAGACCCUAAGGAUCAGCUACUACUUGGACCCGCUUAUGGAACUCCUAAAGUCUUAGAGAAGGCUGGACUAUCAUUAAGCGAUAUCGAUGUGUUUGAAUAUCAUGAAGCAUUCGCUGGUCAGAUCUUGGCUAAUAUGAAGGCAUUAGACUCGGAUUGGUUUUCACAGACCUACAUGGGACGUCAGAAGAAGACCGGUGCUCCAUCUAUGGACAAGCUGAACUUAUGGGGUGGCUCCUUAUCUAUUGGACAUCCCUUUGCUGCAACAGGUGUGCGUCUAGCAAUGACAGCGGCUAACAGACUAGAGAGAGAGGGCGGACAAUAUGCACUCCUUGCUGCAUGUGCCGCUGGUGGACAUGGGCAUGCCAUGGUUCUCGAGAAGUACCCAUCAUAGGACAUUCUAACUUCAAACGCACAGAGUGAGUUCAAUCAAACUUCAAAAGACCACAGUGUGCUUUCAACACAUCCCUAUAAAAGGCUUAAUAUUGAGCUAUCGUCCUAAAUUAAAACCAUGUUGAAAUCUUGAUUUACAUGUAACACCAGAGAUGCCUGGGCUCGAUUUCACAAAGCAAGAACAUUCAUCGUAAUACAAAUUGUCAGUAUUUACCAUAGUGAUGUAUUGUGACACCACACUUUAUUUGGCAACUGCAGUUAAGAUCAGUCUUCGCUCUUUGUGAAAUCGGCCCCUGAGCAUGUUUUUGUCUCCAAUCACAACAAGAUUUAAAUAAAUAAAAAUGAUUUGCUGUAUAACCAAAUCUAAACUAAAGCCCCAUUCAAUGAUUCUUCCUGCGAAUGCGAUUGCGGAACAAAUAAUUCGCAUCAGCUUGAGUGUGCUAUCCACUCCUGCAAAACAUUCGCAGCGAAAACAAGGCUAUGAUGUCAAAAUUUGUUUUUGCAUUCGUAGGAAGUAUGAACCGGGCUUUUUAUAAGGAUGUUUUUGCGGUCCUGUAAAGUCAGUGAUGUUAUAACAGAAGCUCACUUAUUGAGAUGAUUUCACAUUCACUGAUUUCACACAUUCCUGUACAUGUUAUACCUUCCCAUGAAAUUUGAUAAGGUAAAUUUGAUAAAGUCAGUGGUUAAGCCAGGGGAGCAGUGGCCUGCCCCCUCCCCCUUCCAUUGAAAAUAAGUGGUUACACCACUGCAUAAGGUCCAUUAUGACUAAGCUUGGGCGAUAUCACAAUAUUAUCGAAUAUCGCGAUAUUAAUUUGGAAACGAUUUCGAUAUCGGAUGGA